GGCAUGAGAUCUUUUUGGCAUGCACAGUCUGGAAAGUUAAAGAACGAAUCCCCUAUGCUUGGCUGGAAGAAAAGCAAGACCGCCAAGAACCGGGUAUACUUGAAGCAAUCUCUCCUGCUUCCCAUGACCUUCGCUUCUUCUUGUUCGAAAGAACACUGUGAAACGCCGGCUGAAGAGGAAAACAUUUUCCGAAUGCCCAAGCGUCACUGCUGGCUGGCGCAUUUCCAGCCCCCACCUCCAUUGCUCAACUUUGCACACUCAGCAGAGAGUGCCAACGUUUCUCCUUCCAAGAAAGCGACAAACUUCUUUGGGAGCCAGAGGCAGACGGGGACCUGUUUUUUGGUUGGUCUAGAAAAGAAGGUAGUCUCCGUAACUCCAAUGGAGGAGGCGCUGGGUGGCACGAAUGGACGGCCAUUCCAUGUUGUGACCCCAGUGCUGGAGAGUGUAGCCCUUUCCCAAGCGGCUGGCACCAAGGUCUACAUGAAAAUGGAGAACGUCCAGCCCACCGGUUCCUUCAAGAUCCGAGGCAUUGGCUACUUUUGCCAGCAGGUCGCCAAGAAAGGCUGCCAACGCUUUGCUUGCUCAUCCGGUGGCAAUGCAGGCCUUGCUGCAGCAUUUGCUGCCAGAAAACUUGGCAUCCCCAUCACUGUCAUCGUCCCCAAGACCACCGGAGAGGUGAUAGUGAAGAGGCUUGAGGAGCAAGGGGCAGAAGUGGAGGUCUUUGGGCAGGUGUGGGAUGAGGCCAACCUCAGAGCAGUGGAGCUCUCCAAGCAAGCUGGCUGCAUCUUCGUCCAUCCUUUUGACCAUCCCUUAAUAUGGAAGGGCCAUAACAGUAUUGUCAAGGAGUUGAGGGACUCCCUGGAUGCCAAACCUGGUGCCAUCGUGCUGUCUGUGGGAGGCGGAGGCCUGCUGGCUGGAGUGGUGUCUGGCCUUCAGGAGGUGGGUUGGCCGGAUGUGCCCAUCAUUGCGGUGGAGACCAGAGGAGCCGACAGCUUCCAUGCAGCCAUCACUGCUGGGCGACUUGUCACUCUGCCUGCUAUAACCAGUGUGGCCAAAUGCCUUGGCGCCAAGACAGUGGCACAGCGGGCUUUGGAUUGUGCCAGGGAGUGUCAGAUCGUCUCCCAUGUGCUGGAGGAUGUGGAAGCUGUGAAAGCUAUAGAGCAAUUCCUGGAUGACGAAAGGAUGUUCGUGGAGGCAGCUUGCGGUGCUUCUGUGGCCUUCUUGUAUUCUGGCUACCUCCAGAAGCUGCAAAAAGAGGGACGCCUGAGUCGACAACUAGACUCGGUUGUCCUCAUCGUGUGCGGUGGAAAUGCCAUCCAGAUGGAGGAGCUCCAGGCCAUGAAGAACCAACUGGGGAUGAAGUGAUGGCUUAUCUCAAGGUUCCCUCUUGAGGAGCAUUUGACCCCAGAGAAAUCCUUCCCCCAAGAUUCAGUCCUAAGCCUUUUCAGCACUGGAAAUAGCAUUUCUGUGCAAACAAUGCAUCACAUGCAUUUCCCCCUGAACUGUGAGUAGUCUCAGAACACUGUGUAAUUUUCAAUGAUUUUCUGGCAAUGAGGAGAAAAAUGGUAUCUGACUUCUGAUGUGGUCCGGCCCUCUGUGCCAUCUCAGGAGCAUUGACACAUUUUGCUGCAUGUGCCAACCAAGACUUCAUCUAGGGCAGGCAUGGGCGCAGUGCAACCUCUGGGCUUUGUGUGGCUUGUGGAUCUCACUUUUGUGCUUGCUGAAGCUUUUUGCCAUUCCCCCAAAGUCCCCAUGGAGAAGGGUGUUCAGCAUCACCCCAACUGUAUACACACAGUAUAUAAGUAUUGCGCUGGGAUUACACUAUAACUGCCAUGAGGCCAUCCUAUGGAAUUCUGGGUUUUGUAGUCUGGUGAGGCACUAGAGACCUCUGGCAGAGAAAUCUAAAUGCCCGGUCUUAAACUGCCUGUCCCAGAAUGCCAUAGGAUGUUGCUAUGUCAGUUAAGGUGGAACUGUAUGGCUAUAUAGUGGUCCCUUGGUGUCCACUGGGGUUUGGUUCUAGGACUCCCCUCCCCCCGUGGAUAUCAAACUGUGGAUGCUCAAUUCCCAUUAAAUACAAUGGGGUGGUAAAAUGGUCUCCCUUAUAGACAAUGAAAAGAAAUCAAGGUUUGCUUUUGGAAUUUAUAUAUUUUAAAAAAUACCUUCAAACCGUGGAGAGUUGAAGCCGUGGAUAACAAAAAAUAAUCCGUAGAUACGGAGGGCAACUGUAGUUCUGUACCGUGAGAGGGGAUUAGGUGCCAAACCUCUGCCAGUAAUCGAAUCCAGCACCCAACAUGGGAAGCUACAGGAAGAGUGGCCGUAAAACCAAGUGUCGACACAUGGCUCCAAAAGAUCCACCAGCCACCCCUGAUUUGCUUUCCACUGGUCUGAGUAAAUUUCAGCCCAUUCCACAGAGGAUGCAAUUAUUCUUUGUAUCCUGUGAGGAUCUCUAUUGUAAUCCCUGGGUGACAUGCUAUCGCUUCUCUAUGUGUUUCCCUCCCCGGUUUUGCAAGGCCGCCAAUUGUCUGGUGUGUGAAGCCAGAGGCUGUAGAACAGCUGUUGCCUGUCACCUCUCUUGUGUAAAGCACACCGGUGGCAAAGCUCAUAGGUAGGAAGCAUUGUGUUGUGCUUCAGCUCUUCGAAGACAGAUGCUCUUUCACAUGGAGGUGGCGGGAAAGUACACAAUGCUCUCUCUCUGUGUUAGGCACCUCACAAUUUUUUGUGAGCAGAAUUACACAAAUACACUUGCUACUCAGCUAGGGCUUGUGUGAGUCUCCCAAGGCUUUCUAGCCAUCUUUGUUUCAAGAACUGAGGAGGGUCCUCUGGCGUCGGGAUGCAAUCCUUCUGUCAUUUCAUUCUCAAAAGAAGCGACGACUAACCUGAGCAAUUGUCUUCCCACUGCAAUCUUUGAAAAUGGGUCCGCUUCCAAAGACGAUGCUCAGUUCAGGACGUCUUCUGUGCGAAAUUCGGAUGCGGAUUUUAUUCAGUGUGGGGCUUAGGUUUACGUAAGUGGCCUUACAUAUGUAGAAAACUGAAUGAUUUUGCAACAUACAUAUUCAUGGAACGACGGUCACAACAUUGCAAUGUACAGGCCUCUCUUGCGCAUUGGAGACUAUUGAUGUGUAUCAUGGGAUCAUGUGAGUCUGGACACCAGGUGUGGAAGUGCCAGAGCACUUCCAGGGGGUUUUUCUGACCAAUGUUUUCAACACUGGCAAAGGGAGACUGGCAUUCUGUUGGGGACUUACAUCUUUCUACAUGGCCUUACGUUUGCACAAAAUGGAAUCGAGUCAUUCUGCAACAUUCACCUAGGGGCUGUUGUAGCAUUACUGCAGCCACAAGGUUGUGAGUUCGAUCCCAGAGGGCUCUGGUUGACUCAGCCUUUCAUCCCUUUGUAGAUCGGUAAAAUGACUACCCAACUUGUUGGGGGGGGCAAAUGGCUUACAUGUUAUAAAUCACUUAAAGAGUGCUUUAGUUCACCACAAAGCAGUAUAGAAAUGUAAAUGCUAAUACUAUUACCAUUGCACAACGGUACCCUGACGGGUGAUUUAAAGCAUUUUUUACCCCACCAAUCCCUGCCAAAUUUUAAAGCUGUUGUCAAGCCGAAUUGGGGGGCACAAAACCAGGUAUCAGGGGCCACUUGAGGCCACAUCUUACCCACCCGGUUCUAAAAAAAUGCAAUGGAAAAUGGGGCUGGGGGUGAGGAUGAACGGAAGAGAAGCCCAUGAAUUGAUGGCUAGUGUUGCGCCAUGCGUCGCUUCCUCAGAGAGACCACCCUUCCACUGACGUAUUGAAAAUCCCAUUUAGGUUUCUUUCUAUGUCUCCCAAUUGAUGCGCAGUCCCAGGGGGUUGGCUGGCAGGAGCUCAUGUGCCCGAGCGCAUAUUAUUAUUGUUUACUCUCAUCAAUAUUUAUCUACAGUCAGUUUGUUUUGACGGCAACUCUGUGCUUUAAUUAGCAAGUUGUGCCGUCUCAGACGCAUUCCUUUGCCACUGUCUCCAUGCAUUAUUGUCAUAAUUAUUUUUAAUUAUGACUGUUGCUGCGGUGGCUUUCGGCCGUGAAUCGGAAGAGGAUAAGGCAAACGGAGCUGCUUGGAACAGCGACGGUUACUGGGGUGGAAGAGCGGGAAAUCCUCAAUUUGUCAUGCAAGCGCUCCCUGUCGGACCUGCAAAGUCCCUAGUCAGCAACUAAUUUCCAACCGGCCAUAUUUGAUUUGCAAGAUCCCUGUGUAUGCGGCCGCUCGGCUGCGGGCUCAAGGCUGCCCAGAGCAUGGGGAAAAAAUACAAUAUCACUGUUGCUAUAGUAUAAUUAAUCUUACUAGCACCUAUUCAUUAAAUAAAUAUUGGUUAUCAAUCUUAAUAUUAAUUCAUGGGAAGGCGGGGAUCCAGCACUAGGUGUGACCCCGAUGUUGUGGCUACACUGUGUCUCCUGAUCUGAUGCCCCAAAUCUAUCUUAGCUGGCCACACUGAAUGAUGGCAUUCUGAGAUGUUGGUGAACAGGGUGCUGAAGGAGGACGCAGCCAGCCUCCUCCUGCCAGCCAGCACCAGUGUACUGGCCUAUGGGAUCCUAUCACAACUUGUUGGUGUACUGCCACAUGUUAGUGGGAGUAAGCUAGUUGCAGAGGUGCUAAGAAACCCUGUAAGUGAAUUCUGAAGAUGCAUUAUGGAGUACUGGCGAGAGUGUCCCAAUGUACACUGGGCUCUACUGAUGCUCAUCGGGGCACGUUAGCUGGUGUCCUGAUGCACAUUGGAAUCAGUGGUCAUUGGCAUACCCUAGCUCCUGCUACACGUUGGGACCAGUGUGCAUUGGCACACCAUAACUGAUGUCCUGAUGCACAUUAGGACCAAUGCACAUUGGCACAUCCUAGUGUGGUGUUUGUCACCAAGAGGAUGGCAGCUGAUAGGUAAGCCUUUCAGUGUAAAUGCUAUAAAUCAGGGGUGGACAUCUUAGUGGGCACCAGGGGCCAAACUCCUGCCAAGAUCCUCCAUGAGCCAUACACUCCCUACUGCAAGCCCAUAUACCCCCAUGUUUUGCUGCAGUCCCUCUCAAAAUGGUGACCAUUGCCAUUUUGAGAAGGACUGAAGAAAACAAAAGAGUAUGGGGGGUACUGGGUGCUGGGUGGGUGGGGAGGUGAGGCCAUUUUUGUAUGUGUUUGGGGGCUUUCUGUGGGGACUGAGGACCCAAAUUGUCCAAAAUGUAUGCUGAAACCUUUCAGAAAAACAGGGGGGGGGGUUGAGGGGGAUUUCAAAAGCAGGGUCCAUGUGACUGUGGAUUGCACUAUGCCCACCCCAUGCCAUAAGUGCCUAACUAUUUUUUCAACAGUCUUCCCACCCACUCAAUUGCCCAUAAUCCGAGAUGGAAGCAAUGCUUCCAUCUGGAGAAACUAGGCUUUUCUUAGGUGAUCCUAUGGGACUACCUAGCCCCAUCGGGGACCAUUUCUUGACCACCUCUCCUUCUUUUCCUGUCUUCUGGUUCUUGAUAAAUUGCACUGGUCAAGCCACCCCAGGCGAUGUUUCAGGAUGAGGGAGUCUCAUAAAUCAAAAUGCCGGCUGAGUCCAACCCUCCUCCCAGUUCCGAAAAGGGGGGGGGGGAGUGCUUCCAAAGUAUCUUGGGGGCUGGCAAACCCUGUGACUUGGUUCUCCAUUAAUUAUAAAGCACUCCUUCCCGAAUACUCUGGGCCAUUUUUUAUCUUAAGACUCAAAACCGAUUACUUUCCCCCUUCCAGAACCCUUCACCUUCUAAAGAACGUUGCGAUGGCAGAUUUGGGAAAGGAAGAGAAAGGAAAGGGAGGGGAAAGCGGUGGAGGACAAAGAUGGAACUUUGCGCAGAUCUGUGUGGUGAGCAAAAGCGUGUGGUACAAUUUUGGGGGACAAAGGUGCAGUUAGCAAUACCAAAAAAGUUACUUCUUCUGAGAGCCAAGAUAUCUCCAUCCCUUGUGAGUUCACAAUCACCUUUGCAUUGAAUCUCUAAAGAGUUGCAGUCCGAGACUCAUGCCACUAUGCCACACUGGUUCUAUCACAGGGGCCUACCUCUCCUAAUAGGGUCCCAACUGCACAUUUGAUAACCAUGCCCCCUUUUCUGUGGCAGCACAGUGGGAGCAUAGCGCAUGGGGAGUAAGGCUUUAAGAGAGCUUUCCAAAGUGCUGAAGCCAAUGCUCAAAUACUGUAGGUUCAUCCUUUCAAUAGCCAAUGCGCCAGAGAAGUUACCAGCCACACUAAACUGUUAACUUACUCUGGGAUUCUUUGUCUUGGAACUAAAGCUGCUAUUUCUUAGUUUGUCUCCAAGGAUCCUUGAUCCUUUCUUGGUGACAGGGUGCAGAUCAGCACAUGGAGGAGGGAACGGUCAACAGCCAUGAUUCUACAUUGGGGUUGCCUAGGGCGUAUAUAGCCAUGUGCAGAAUUACACACCGAUUGUGCCAAGCAGUCCUUGUGGUGAAUGGCAGUCUUGUGCAGCUGAAUGCACAAUUAAAUGUGCAUAUAUGCAUCCGUGUGCAAUGACACUUUGUGCACAGCUCUGCUUCCACAGCCUUGAACUAAAUGCAGGCCUUUUGCAUCAGACAAAAAUGGCCAGCCAUUUCAGAAGGAUAUGUGUCUGUAAGACACCAAGAGUCGGCGUGGUGUAGCGGUCUGAGUGUUGGAUUGCAACUCUUUAGGCAUUAAAAAACAAAGUGUAGACUCCUUGUCAUUGGUGUUGCUGUGAGCCUUCAAGUCAUUUUUCACUUAUGGCGACCCUAAGGUGGACCUAUCUCAGAGUUUUUUGGGGGCUGAGAGUGUGUGACUUGUCCAAUGUCACUCAGUGGGUUUCCCUGGCCGAGCUGUGAAUCGAACCCUGAUCACCAGAGUCCUAGUCCUAUGCUCAAACCACUACACCAUGCUGGCUCUCUCAUGUUCAUUGGUGCUUUAUAAAUUGCCAUGCCCAUUCAACAAUAAUAAUAGCCAAGAUACUGCAUUAAAGUCUAUGCUUUGUAACUUCUUCUAACAUUACAACUCUGUAGCUAUGUACAAUAGAAAAGCAACAAAACCCUGUUAGUGAAUGCAAAAGAUGUGCAACCAGUCACUGGCAAUACACAUAGGGCACUCCUAUUAUGCUCUGGCAAAUUGUAAUUGGUGUCUGGAUCCACAAUGUGCAGUGUCCCAAUGUACAUUGGUACCCAUUGUGCAUUGGGCCAUGGCCCACCAGUCGUUCCAUCGUUGUGCAAAAGAUGCCCAUAUGUUGUAACAUUAUAAACACCCCUAAGCAAAUACAUACAUUGCCAAACUACUCGGUUCAGUUUUGCACUCGCGUAAAACCAUUUACAAAGACCCUAAGCCCCAAGCAGAAUGCCAGCCUAUGUUUUCCGCGUCCCACUUACUAUCCUGGUUACCUCCGUUGCCCUCUGUUGAUGACCACAGUACAAGCAAUAAUCAAUAAACACAAAAACAUAC